GGAGAAAGAGGAGGAGGCUGCCAUUGCUCCCCAGGCAGCACCACUGCUCCAGCCCCACUUCCGCCUCGGUAGCCAUCAUGGCGGACACGAUAGCCUUCCUCAGGUGACAGUCCCGCCAGCCCUCUCUAUGUAGUUAAAAUGACGACAGCAGCGAGGCCGACAUUUGAACCUGCAAGAGGAGGAAGAGGAAAAGGUGAAGGAGACUUAAGUCAGCUAUCCAAACAGUAUUCCAGCAGAGACCUUCCUUCUCAUACUAAAAUCAAAUACAGACAGGCCACUCAGGAUGCUCCUGAGGAGGUGCGUAACCGGGAUUUCAGAAGGGAGCUGGAGGAGAGAGAACGCGUUGCUGCAAGAGAGAAGAACAGAGACAGGCAAACCAGAGAACACACAACAUCAUCAUCUUCUGUGUCUAAGAAGCCUCGGCUAGACCAGAUUCCAGCAGCAAAUCUUGAUGCAGAUGAUCCCCUUACUGAUGAAGAUGAUGAAGAUGAGGAGUUGGAAGACAGCGAUGAUGAUGACACUGCAGCUCUUCUGGCUGAACUGGAAAAAAUCAAGAAAGAACGAGCUGAGGAACAGGCUCGAAAGGAACAAGAGCAAAAGGCUGAAGAAGAAAGAAUUCGGAUGGAGAACAUCCUGAGUGGUAACCCACUACUGAACCUUACUGGCCCAGCACAGCCUCAAGCAAACUUCAAAGUGAAGAGGAGAUGGGAUGAUGAUGUUGUCUUCAAGAAUUGUGCCAAGGGUUUGGAUGAAUCCAAAAAGGACAAAAGAUUCGUGAACGAUACUCUGCGAUCAGAAUUCCACAAAAAAUUCAUGGAAAAAUACAUCAAGUAGUACAGUUUUAUGUGCAGUGGUACUGAAGGACUCGGAAUGUCAUGGGUGUUCCCUCCCUUUCCCCCAGAAUUCAAGGCCAAAUACUUGGUCCUGAAUUCCCAUAUGCGUUUCCAAGAUCAUCGUCAGCUUCAUAGUUCAUAAUUGCUGUGUAUUGAGUUUUUAUUCCUGCAGUAUGGCUUCCUUUUCAGUUCUAAUUAAAUCAGUUUGUGUUUCAUGAAUGUUUUUCUGUUCCCAUGCUUUUUACUGUUCACAUUACUUUUUGCUAGCUGCCAGGUCAGUGGUAGAGAAAAGCUGGUUUGCAGUAAGUACUGUCAAUUGCUUAAAUUGCUUUCCAAAGGAACCUGUAUUUAUAGUGAUUCUGGUUUGUAACUUAUGCUACUUAUGUAAACAUCAGUAAUAUCAAAGAUGGGGAGUGGCUGAGUAUGAUAAGCAGUGUGAACUGAAGAGAGCUGUACUUCCUGCAGCAAACUGGACUUCCUCUGAAUAGCUUCUUAGAAAGUUAGUUAAUAAUCUUCCUUUUUAGUUACUUUUACUCUCAACCAAGUUCCAGUUUGGGGGUAGCUCCAGGUUCUUAACAGUCCUGCUUUCUGGACUUUCCUGGCUCAGCACUUGUGGAGCAGCACCAGGUAAUGCUCGGGGGAGGCUUGAGCAGGGGAUGCUCUGUGGAACCAUUGCAAUUUGCCUCCUUAACUGACCCCUGCAGUGCUGGGUCCCUCAGCCACAGCCAUGUGGCUGCCUGGUUCAGUGUGCUUCAUUACUAAGUGUUGUCAGAAACUUGCGAGUGCUUUUAUUAAAGGAGUGAUCUCAAGAUACCCAAAUAGACUUUGUUUGCUUCUUGAAUGUCCAUUUUAACACUUACUAAGAAGGUAUAAAAUAUGAAUGAAAACUAUCUUGGUUGUGAAGGGAUUAUGUUGUUUCUUCUUUUCUGUCAUCUUGGUUGCAUUUGAAAUCACGGCCAAGUGAUGCACUGGGUAUGAGUCUAAUGUUUGCGAAAUGUGGUCAUUUCCUCUCUACCCAGAAGGCUGCAGCAGCAGAACUCAGAUGUGUUUAUGUAAAAUUCUUGCCCUUUUCCUUGCCUGUGUUAUGCUCAGUCUUGUUCACUCGCAGACACCAUUUCAUACUAAUAUUAUUAGUUUCAAGUUCUUAAUUUGAAAAUAUAUCUGGUUUUCUUUUAAAGAGAGUUAA